AUGCGCCGACAGGGCGUGGAGGCCGGUCACAAAUUGCCCGCCCAGUGGCGGCGCGGUAUAGUAGCCAUCCCGCUAUUGAAUUUAACGAGCGUCCACCUGUUCCGGCCUUUACUUUUUAAUUUCGCCGACGAAUUACGCCGCCAGGUUGCGGAGGGCGUUACGGCCCUCGGCUCGGGUAGCAACAAACUUGCGAACUCGCACCUCUUAUAUCUCCUGACAUCUGCAAACACCGGCUUGGAUCCGCCGACCUCACUUCGCCGCUUUAUAGCCUCGGGAGGAAUCCGCCCAAGCUCAACGUAC